AUGGCAGCGCCCUCAGAACAACCCCUCGCCGAACCCUCCACUGACUUCAACGAACUCACCACCCUCGAAAAAUCUUCCUCCCUUACAUUCCCCUCAUUCAACGCCGACAUCGCCUUCAACCUCGGCCUCGGCCUACGCACCCGCAUCCUCUCCUUACCAGCUUCCCAACGCAAACCCUCCGUCGUCUCAAUCACAUCCUCCAACGGGAACCACAUCCUCUUCCAGGCCGUGACGGAAAGCGGCACGAGUCCUGACAACGAGGAAUGGGUGCGCCGGAAACGUAACACUGUGUUGAGGUUUGGGAUGAGUUCGUGGGCGAUGAGACAGAAGAUUGCUGCCGCUAGCACGGAUGACAAGAGUAAAGUUGAGGCCGCGUUUGCGCAGGGGAGGGGAUUAAGGAGUUCUGUGCCGGGGGGAGUGCCGGAUGAUUAUGCUAUUCACGGGGGUGGGUUUCCGAUCAGGGUGGCUAAUGUUGAUCAGAUUGUAGGUGUGGUUGUGGUUAGUGGAUUGAAGCAGGAGCAUGAUCAUCAGGUUAUCGUUGAAGUUAUCAAGGAUUUCUUGGAAUAA